CAGUGUGGGGACAGCACCUCAGCAGGACUGCGUGUGGGACCCACGGCCAGCCUUCGGAGUGGAUUCCUCAGCCUGCAGUGGUUCCCGGUGCUCAGCCACAGAGAGCUGAGCCUUCUUGGCAAGCCCAGGGGAAGCCAAAGGGCCCGCCUCAUGGAGGGAUGCUGGGUGAUGGAGACAGCCAAUGGCUCCAAGGAUGGCUUGAAUUUCAACCCCAUGAAGAAUUACAUGAUCCUGAGCGGUCCCCAACAGAUAGCUGUUGCAGUGCUGUGCACCCUUCUGGGCCUGCUAAGUGCUCUGGAGAACCUAGCUGUGCUCUAUCUGAUCCUGUCCUCCCAACGACUCCGCAAGAGGCCCUCAUAUCUGUUCAUCAGCAGCUUGGCUGGAGCUGACUUCCUGGCCAGCGUGGUUUUUGCAUGCAACUUUAUAAAUUUCCACGUUUUCCAUGGUGUAGAUUCCAAGGCUAUCUUCCUGUUGAAGAUUGGCAGUGUGACCAUGACCUUCACGGCCUCUGUGAGCAGCCUACUGUUGACUGCCAUUGACCGAUACCUCUGUCUACGCUACCCACCUGCAUACAAAGCUCUCCUCACCCGUGGGAGGGCACUGGUGACCCUGGGCAUUGUGUGGAUCCUUUCGGCACUGGUCUCCUACCUGCCCCUCAUGGGAUGGACUUGCUGUCCCAGGCCCUGCUCUGAGCUUUUCCCACUGAUCCCCAAUGACUACCUGUUGGGCUGGCUCCUGUUCAUUGCCUUCCUCUUCUCUGGCAUCAUCUAUACCUAUGGACACGUCCUCUGGAAGGCCCAUCAGCAUGUAGCCAGCUUGGCCGAGCACCAGGACAGGCAGGGGCCGGGAAUGGCCCGGAUGAGGCUGGAUGUGAGAUUGGCUAAGACCCUGGGGCUGGUGCUCACUGUGCUCCUCGUGUGCUGGCUCCCGGUACUGGCACUCAUGGUCCACAGCCUGGUCGCCACGCUCAGCGACCAGGUCAAGACAGUCUUUGCCUUCUGCUCCAUGCUGUGCCUUGUCAACUCCAUGGUCAACCCUGUUAUCUAUGCCCUGCGGAGUUGGGAGAUCCGCUCCUCUGCCCAUCAUUGCCUGGCCCGCUGGAAGAAGUGCUUCAAGGGCACUGGGCCUGAGGGAAAAAAAGAAGCCCCAAGAUCCUCAGUCACCGAGACAGAGGCUGAUGUGAAAAUCACCCCAUGGGCAGAUUCCAAAGACCCCUAUUGCUGACUGCUACUGAGGGUUCUAUCCCAGUUUGAAACAACUCAAGUCAGAAAUCUUUUCACUUCCUAGAGGAGAGAGAGGGGUCUUGGCCCUCUCAUUAUACCCAAACCAGCCCAGAGGCUUAAACACUUAUCUGUGUUUGCUGAUAAGUGUUGGGACUGACUCAUGGAGAGUGGCCGGGCUGUGUCCACCUGCACAUGGCCCGUGGGGCUGCCAGGGCCUGCGGGAAUGAGAAGGUGGGCCUCAGGCAAAGUUCACAUCAGAUCAGAAAGACAUUCCCAACAAGACAAGCUUAGUGCCUCCCCAGAGAGCACCACAGAGGGAGUCUUCGGCCCCAAUGAUAAGAAACUUGGAGGAAAUCUAAGAAGAAAGGAUUGUUCUCUCGGAAACUGGGGGUAUCAGAGGGACGGCUGGCUAGCCCUUUUUCCUGCUCAACUAUGGGGCCUCCUUGGGUCUGGAGCUAUGAACCGCCCUGCCUUCAGGUCACCCUUGCUACCGAGGACCAAGAAUUGUGAUGGGAUGAGAAUCAAGGGAGAGAGUCAACCUGGCUCUUUCAGAGAUAAAUGACAAAACUUGAGUUCAGGGCAUCUUGUUAGAUCAAGGGCUCUUCCCGAGAUCCUGAAAAUCCCCACUCAUGGCCAUCAUAACCUCCCAGAUCCCUACAGAAUACAAAGGAGGCUGAGCUCCCUUGAGACAUGGGCUGUUCAGAGAAUUUUAUUGACCAUGUGAGGUCCUGCCUGGUGGUGCUGCUGAAGCAGGUGGUGGCCCAGUCGAAACUGACUCUGAAGCUCAGUGCCUGUAGCUUAGUGGUUAGAGCUCCGGCCACAUACAUCAGGGCUGGUGGGUUCGAACCUCACCUGGGCCUGCUAAACAACAAUGACAACUACAGAAAAAAAAAAAAUAGCCAGGCGUCGUGGCGGGCACCUGUAGUCCCAGCUACUCGGGAGGCUGAGGCAAGAGAAUUGUUUAAGCCCAAGAGUUUGAGGUUGCUGUGAGCUAUGACGCCAUGGCACUCUACCGAGGGUGACAUAGUAAGACUCUGUCUCAAAAUAAAUAAAUAAAUAAUAAUAAAAAAAGAAACAGAAAAAGGAAAUUAUUCAUGAAGAUUUUAUAAUCUGUCCCCCAGACUAUUCCCCACCCCCCCUGAUCCAUCUCCUUUGCCUUUUCCAUGCCCCUAUAACACAGUAGGCAGAGCAGGGAGGAGGAGGGCCAGUUCCUUCCCAUAUACUAGGCACAGGGCUGACAUUCCACAAUCCAUUGUCCCCCCCAAAAAUACAGCUCUGUGCUUUUGAAGAUCCCAGAGGAUCCAUAUUUUAUGUGUCAAGGAGACUGGGUUGUCCCACGGGGGCUUAAAACAGGAGGCAAGAGAAAUUGUUGGUAGCAGGGAGAAUUGCAGAGAAACUCUAAUGCAAUUAUUUGGGACUGCAGGUGGAAUAAAAGGAAUGAUAUGGAUUAAACGUGUC